AUGUCUCUGGCUACAAAACUACGUAGAGUUCGGAAGCCACCUCCAGAGGGAUGGGAUUUGAUCGAGCCGACCUUGGAACAGUUUGAGGCAAAAAUGCGAGAAGCUGAAACUGAACCUCAUGAAGGAAAACGAAAAACAGAAAUCAACUGGCCAAUCUUUCGAAUUCAUCAUCAACGAUCUCGCUACAUCUAUGAUAUGUAUUACAAAAAAGCCGAAAUCAGCCGUGAAUUAUACGAAUUUUGCUUAACCGCCAAGUUCGCUGAUGCUGCUCUCAUUGCCAAGUGGAAGAAACAAGGAUAUGAAAACCUGUGUUGUGUUAAAUGUGUACAGACUCGUGACAGCAAUUUCGGAACUGCCUGUAUCUGUCGCGUACCAAAAAGCAAACUCGAUGCAGAACGUGUCAUUGAAUGUGUUCAUUGCGGUUGUCAUGGUUGCUCUGGGUGA